AUGUGGGUUUACGGCGCGCUGUGCCGGGCACGAUCCCUGGCCCGAGUGCAGCAGGAGUUGUUUUCGGCUUCAUGGCGCCGCGGUCCGGCUUGCUCCUCCUACUCCGCAUCUGACGAUCCCUCCCGGGUCCAGGCACUGGUCUAUGGGCUCCAUGGGGACCCAGCCAAGGUCGUCGAACUGAAGGACCUAGAGCUAGCUGCUGUGGGCGGAUCAGACGUCCAUGUGAAGAUGCUGGCGGCCCCUAUCAAUCCAUCUGACAUAAAUAUGAUCCAAGGAAACUAUGGCCUCCUUCCCAAACUGCCUGCUGUUGGAGGGAAUGAAGGUGUUGGACAGGUGGUAGCAGUGGGCAGCAUUGUGACUGGGGUGAAACCAGGAGACUGGGUGAUUCCAGCAAAUGCCGGCUUGGGAACCUGGCGGACCGAGGCUGUGUUCAGUGAAGAUGCGCUGAUCGGAGUUCCAAGGGACAUCCCUCUUCAGAGUGCUGCCACCCUGGGUGUCAAUCCCUGCACAGCCUACAGGAUGCUGAUGGACUUUGAGCAGCUGCGGCCAGGGGACUCUGUCAUCCAAAAUGCGUCCAACAGUGGAGUGGGGCAAGCAGUCAUCCAGAUCGCCGCAGCCCUGGGCCUGAGGACCAUCAAUGUGGUCAGAGACAGACCCGACAUCCAGAAGCUGAAGGACAGUCUGAAGAAUCUGGGAGCUGAGCAUGUCGUCACAGAGGAAGAACUAAGAAAGCCUGAGAUGAAAAACAUCUUUAAGGCCAUUCCCCAACCACGGCUCGCUCUCAACUGUGUUGGUGGGAAAAGCUCCACAGAGUUGCUGCGACAGUUAGCGCCUGGAGGAACCAUGGUGACCUAUGGGGGGAUGGCCAAGCAGCCUGUCAUAGCCUCUGUGAGCCUGCUCAUUUUUAAGGAUCUCAAACUUCGGGGCUUUUGGUUGUCCCAGUGGAAGAAGGACCACAGUCCAGACCAGUUCAAGGAGUUAAUCCUCACACUGUGUGACUUCAUCCGCCGAGGCCAGCUCACAGCCCCUGCCUGCUCCGAAGUGCCACUGCAGGACUACCAACGUGCCUUGGAAGCUUCCACGAAGCCCUUUGUGUCUUCAAAGCAGAUUCUCACCAUGUGAUGAUCUUGGAAGAGUGCAGUGGGACCAGAGAUGAUCAGAAGGACUAGUUUCAGACCCCUCACUCAGUGCCCCCAGCCUGCCCCAGGCCACUCCUCUCCUCACUGUUACUGCUUACUAGGAGGAUUGUGAAACCUGGCAGAGCUCUGCCAAGGCCAGCCUCAGCCCAGGCCAGCCACAGUAUACCUAAUAAAGCCUGAACUUCCU